AUGAAGCUCAAAAUUAUGGCCCUCACUCUGAUGGUCUUGCCCGUCAGCUUGGCAGAUUUGCAAUUGCAGCAGUCUAUCAAAGAGGACUUGAGAGGGGCUCUAACCGACCUGCAUUCUGCCCUGUCCUCUUACGAAGGCGGUUACCUUGGCCUUGUACGCAUUCGUGCAUCCAUGGUCAACUCGCGCACGACAAUGAACAUGCUUGAAGACUGGAUCUCAAAUGCACCCAUUUUGGAUGCAGAGGAAAGCGCCGCAGUCGUCAAUACCAGCGUGGAACUCCGGGGGAUGUUCACUGAGGUCAUGAACAUAGCACGUGUGAAGGUGCCUCUAGUCAAGGCUGCUGGUCAGCAGGAUCGCAUGCGGACAACCUUGCAACCCUUCUAUGAGCAAGAUAUGAGGUAUGGCCAUGCGCUUCAGGCGAAAAUGGACCCCGAGCAAGCUACCGCGCUCAAACCUAUUUUUGACGAGGGUUUGGGUGCCUACGAUGCGGUAUUUAGAGCAUUGUAA